UCGUGCUGCGGAGACGAGAACAGAAGUGCGGAGUACGCCCUGACCAAGUCAAUGGCAGAUCGGAUUUCUUAUAGGUGUACUGAUGUAUGCAUACACAAGAUCACUGUACUUUCCUCCCCCAUCAAUCACUGGAUUUACAGUGUCUGUACAUUGCCGAUAAUGCAACUCCUACAUAUAGCCAGUGUUUUCGUAUUAAUUGCAACCUCUCAAGCUUCUCUGAAACCGAAAAACUUCCAAGAGCGAUGCUUGGCUCUGUCGCAAACGGUGCAAUCGAACGACUAUCCUGUCACUGUAAACAUUGCCGACUACAUUGCCCCGAAUGUAACACUCGAUCCUCUUUCGGAAGGAGUAAAUUCUACCUGCGCGGAGCAACUAGCGAUGUUAGGUCCAUAUCCGAUUCCUGUAGGAGUAUGUAGGCUCAAUCUAAGGGUCGAAACAAGCAGUCAAAGUGAGACGAUGGUGGAGGUUUGGCUUCCAGAGAGAUGGGAAGGCGGGCGAGUCUUGACGACAGGAACAGGUGGUCUGUCCGGAUCAUGUAACAUUGGUGGUUGGAAAACAGGUAUCCAGUACUCGACUCUUUCAUUCGCCUCUUCGUAUGGCUUUGUCAGUAUUGGCAUAGAUGCAGGCCAUAGCGGUACUUCGGCAGGUGCGUUCUACAACAAACCUGAAGUAUUCGAGGAUUUUUCCUGGAGAGCUGUGUACGCAAGCACUCUAGUUGGGAAAGAGAUCACAAAACAGUUUUACCAGCAGGAUCUUGGAAAGAGCUACUAUAUGGGAUGCUCAAUGGGCGGGCGGCAAGGUUGGGCGACGAUUCAGAGGAACCCAGAACUGUUCGAUGGUGUAGUCGCAGGUGCCCCAGCUCUCGAUUAUGCAGGUUUGAUGGCCCUGUUUGGGACCGCACUUCAAGAAAUACGACUAGGGACUGACGACCCUCUGCUGAGUGCGGAACAGUGGUCAGCCAUUCAGUACGAAUCUUUCAAACAGUGCGAUUUGAUCGACGGCGCAAACGAUGGGAUUCUUGAGGAUCCGAAAGCAUGCCACCUCGAUUGGAAGCCCUUAUCCUGCGCAACAAACACCACGUCAACAUGUCUCACUACCACGCAGAUUUCCGCAGCCUCUAAGCUCUUCUCCCCUGUCUUAUACAAUGGCACGACCCUAUUACCCACCGGCUUCGAUCACGGCAUUGAACUUCUCCUCUCCAGUUAUCUCAACACUUCCAUCAUAAGCGAAACCCUCACCGAAUACUACCGCUACAUAAUCUACAACGAUCUAACCUGGAACAUCUCCACGCUCUCUCUUUCCGAUGCCAAGUAUGCUCACGAUCUCGACCGUGCAAAUUUCUCGGCUUUUGACCCAGACAUCUCUGCGUUCCGCGACCGCGGAGGCAAAGUCUUACACUGGCAUGGCGCAGCUGACAUGGUUAUCCCCGCGGGCAUCUCAGACGCUUACUACGCGGCCGUACAAACCAAGCUCAACGCCACCACCGCACAGCUCGAUGAAUUCUAUCGUUAUUUCCGCACCGGUGGUGUGUAUCACUGCACGGACGGGCCUGGUGCGAGCUCCAUGGGUCAAUUUGGCGGGCUGACGACCGCUGGUGGGACGACGCCUGAAGACAACAUGUUGCUGAGGAUUGUGGAGUGGGUGGAGCGUGGGGGUGCGCCUGAGUUUGUGGAGGGAGCGAAGGUGGGUGUGGAUGGGGAGGUGGAAUUUAGGAGAAGGCAUUGUAAGUUUCCUCGGGUCAAUGUGUAUAGUGGAGAUGGAGAUGGGAAGGACGAAGAUGGGUGGCAAUGUGUGGAGAGGGUUGGUUGAGUGGGACCCUUUGCGCUGAGUGAAGUUUAACCAAGCGAUGUCGUCGCCGUCUCUGGCUUGUGGAAUAUCCAGACAUGCCUUCAUAAAGUUUUUAAUUAUUUCUAUUCUUACUCUUUU